AUGUCCCAAAGGCCGAAAGCACUCCAGCCAAAACGACUCUGUCGCAUCUUACUCUUGUCACGUUGCAUCUUACUCUCGACACAUCGCAUGUCUUCGUUCAUCAAACCCUUUCGUACUCUCAAACAGCCUUACAUAUUUGGAGCCCACCAACCUCCCCUCCCAAAUCCUACAACUUUUUCAGACCAACCUAUCAACCCAUUCUUAGAGCUAUCAACCUCCCUCAUCAACUCAGAAGAAUCAGCAAGAUCCUCAUUGGACAAAGCUUUAGAAUUAUCUUCGGACUUUCCUUCAAUCCUCGACGAACCAUCCCUGCCCUCUUUCAAGCUCCUGGCUGCUAGAUUUCUUCCAUUCACGCCAUCAGUACCACCUCUCAUAGACGCCACAAGGAACAUUGCCUCAGCUGUACCCCUAACAUUCAUCCGUCAAAACAACACUUUCCCUCCUGUUCAAACUCAACCGCUUAUUCCAACAGUCCCAAACACUCCCAUACCUCCAGUUACACUUGCGCCAACCAUCAUCAAUCCUACACCUGCACCGUCUCACCUUCCCUCGUCACAUAUCACAUCGACCAAGCCCUCAAUGAAAACUGUCGUGUCUACUUCCAACAAAGGUAUCGCUGUGAUGCCUGGCCCUGGAUCAAACAAAGCUCCCUCCUUUAAUGGGGAAACAUCGGAGCUUGUAGACUUUUUCGAACUAUUCGAAGAUUUAGCAACCUCAUGCACACUCACGGACGAACAGAAGUGCAAGGCAAUUGUCUGUUAUACAGAUGUCCUCACUAAAUGUUUCUGGGUCAUGCUAACGGGUUAUGAAAGUAAAGAUUUUAUGAUAUUCAAGCAAAGUAUCCUUGCAAAAUAUCUGCACGCCAACCAAGGAACUCACUAUAUGAUCCGAGACCUGGAACGGGUAGUACUAAAUACAGUGGACUCCGACAUCUCAACAGAAACGGAGCUUCUUCAAUACUACUGCCAAUUUCAUCCUAUCGCUGUAUGGCUGGAGACUAAUUCAAAAAUCUCCCAACGCGAAUGA